AUGGUUCUGAAGGCAUGCGACCGGUGCUACGCGAGUAAAGAAAAAUGCACCUUUGCAGGCAAUGAUCAGCAGUGCACGAGAUGUCGUCGCCUCAAGAUCGCUUGUUCUACAUCCCGCCGUAACAGGCGCAUCGGCCGCCGGCCAGCCGCAAAGGCUUUCCCGCAUGGGGAGAUGCAGGUCUGGAGCGUGGACUCGCAGCAGCAGAUCCAGACGCAGCAACCACUGCCCCAGCCGCCACCACGACGCAGCCAGUCCGUGUCAAGCAGUAGUACUUCGAUUCACAGACCCCUCAGUGAACGCUCGAAGUCAAGAUCACCUUCGAGCAGUGAUUCAUUGGAAGAGCUGCCCUCCCCAGAUAGUAACGAUAUGGUGAUUAUGGCGCCAGAGAGACUGCUGGCCUCACCCACCACGUUAAAAACAGCUUCAGAUGCCUUGCGCACCGUUAUGGAUCCAGAAAAAUUUGCUGUCAUACAUAUGCCAUUUAUGCUGGGAUCCAGCUUCAUUCCCGAGUCCCAAAAAACUGUCUUUACCAUUUUACGUCUAUCGGCACCAACUCUCACUGAAGGAUACUUAGCUUUUUUGGGGUUGAUGACGCGCUAUCAGAGAUCGCUCGUCAUGCGUCAAGAUGAACCAGAUAUGUGCAAGGCUGCAAAAGGUCUGCAAAAGUUACGAAGUGUGAAAAUAUCGCAAGAUUAUGAUGCCGCUUGUACGCUCUUCCUGGGCCAAACAAUGUACGUCUUUAAUGUACUUACUGCGCCUGAUUCGUCCACCGCCCAUUCCAUUGUGCGCAGUGCGCUCAUGUCCACGAAACAAUGGCUCCCGAGGUUGAUCCAUUUCCCGAUCAUGGACACAAUAAUCAUGACUCCAAUGCUCAUAGAUACGGUGGAAUGCUUGGUGCGCCGGGAGGUACCCAUCAUACGACUCCCACACACUGAUCGCAUGAUUGUCGAUCGCUAUGCGGGUAUCUGUGCGUCUCUUCUCCCUCUACUGUAUGAUCUUUGUGAGUGCAGCCAUACUAUGAAACGGGGCGUCCUCGAUGUGGGAGUCGAGUCGCCAUCUGGGAUCUAUGAUCGACUUGCAGAUAUAGAACAAACUAUCAUCGACUGGAAGCCUCCAGAUAACCCGCAGUUGAUUCUGAAGCAUGGACAGUAUGAACUCUUAGCCAUGACAACGCAAGCGAGCGUGUAUAGGUUAGCAGGCUUAUUAAUUAUUCAUCGCCUUCGAUACCCUCUUGGAGUUGAAGAUGAUGCCGCACGGGAAUUAGCGAACGCUAUCUUUUCACAUAUGUCCUUCUUUGAGAAGUCUGCCGCGAAAGAAACCAGCGCCUUGCCCGUGGUAUUUCCUCUGACCUUGGCGAUGAUUGAGAUCGAAGGUCCGGGUGAGGAAUUAUGGGAAAAGCUAUCCCUGUUUGCAGUGCAAAGCAUGAGUGCCACCAGGCUCCAAGGAUUCAUCAAGCAGAUUCGGGCAUCAAGAGACUCCGGAUAUGAGGGCGUUUGGUUUGAUUUAGUUGAAACACAACUCCAUGUCGCAGUGCCACCAUAA